UCAUUUCCCCAAGACUCAACGGCUAAUGCCCAGUGUUGCUGAGAGGGAAAGAAAAGAAUGAAGAGAGGGAGGGAGGAAAGGAGAAGGAGAUAAAGAAAGGAGAGUAGAGCGCGGAAAUUUCGUCCCCGCUUCUUGGCGCGAAUCUGGCUGGAAAAAAAAUAAAAGCGAACAGCCGUCGCUAGUUCCUAUAUCUAGAGUGUUUUUCAAUCUGCCAACCCUGCGAGCUCCUGUAUUAUAUCAGACUAGCUCGCUCGUUAGCAUUUUUAACAUUCUUUACCUCAGACCACAUCUCAUCUUCUGAUCUCUAACUUCUUUAAAGCAUUUUAGAGUGCAAUAGUCGCGUCAAGGUGGUCGUAUAAAAUCUGCACAAUGGGGAGAAAAUCAAACAGAGCAAAGGAGAAAAAGCAGAGAAGACUUGAAGAACGGGCAGCUAUGGAUGCAGUGUGUGCUAAGGUGGAAGCAGCCAAUAAGCUUGAAGAUCCUCUGUCUGCCAUGCCAGUGUUCAAAAAGUAUGACAGAAAUGGGCUAAACCUGGUGAUUGAGUGUAAACGGGUAGCUGCAUUGAGUCCAGAUACAGUGGAGUGGGCCUAUGAGUUGACUAGAGCCAACAUGCAGACGCUAUAUGAACAGAGUGAGUGGGGAUGGAAGGAGAGAGAGAAAAGGGAGGAGAUGAAGGACGAGAGAGCAUGGUAUCUCCUGGCCUUUGAUGCUGACUCCACGCCUUUAGCAUUUUCCCACUUUCGAUUUGACGUGGAGUGUGGAGAUGAGGUUUUAUAUUGUUAUGAAGUCCAAUUGGAGAGUAAAGUCAGACGGAAAGGCCUGGGGAAAUUUCUCAUCCAAAUCCUUCAGCUUAUCGCCAACAGCACGCAAAUGAAAAAGGUCAUGCUGACUGUAUUUAAACACAAUCAUGGGGCUUACCAGUUCUUUAGGGAGGCUUUACAAUUUGAGAUUGACGAAACAUCACCCAGUAUGUCCGGUUGCUGUGGAGAAGAUUGCUCCUAUGAGAUUCUGAGCCGGAGAACAAAAUAUGGCGACGUGUCGGGGCAUGCGCAUGGGGGCGGCCACUGUGGAGGCUGCUGCCAUUAAGAGCAAGCCGCCUUGGGUUCUUUCAGAGCUUCCUCAUCCUCAUUCCCUACAUGCCACCACCCACAAUCCCCUCUAAGAAAACCCUUAAAACAGACUCUCCUGCCCAUAUUCAUAAAUGAAACCCCCUCUAUGCUUGCUCUUGGUUUUUAACUUAAAAAAACUCAUCCAGCAUUCCACGUAAUAAGCGAUAGUAUGCUAUUCUCAGUUACAUAAAGGUUUAAAUGACAGAAAAUGGCCGUAAAAGCCACUGUGAGCCAAAUGUGGCUUCUCUCACCUCAGGUAUCAGCAUGGUGAGGGUCAUCCGGAAAAAAAAAAAGCCUGCUUUUUCAGAAAGUUCCCUCAACUCAUCUUCUGUCGAGUGAAUGCAGGUGUUGGUCACAGUGGUUAUUACAGCCAUUUUACUCUACCACUUUUCAGGGUAAAUGUAUUUUAACUAAAAGCUGAAGUUUGCUUCUCACUUCAAGAAUAUGAAAACUACAGUCUGUACUGUUUAUAAUUUGUAAUCACUUAGACUGUCUCAGGUCACUCAACAAAAUGUUUUAUAACAGCUAUAUUAGGGAACUUAUGGAUGAGGAUUAUGUUGAUGUUUGAUUUGAUAAAGAGGUUGGCAUGUUAGCUAUGGUAGAUAUAUUCUUUCAUUUUACUUUUUUUAUCAUAACAUUCUUUUAUCAUGUCAUUACUGUAUAUUUCCAUUUUUUUCUUCACUGUAUAUAAUCUGUUUACCAUGUACAUUUUAUUUGCCUUUAAAAACAUUGGAAAAUGAUAUACAACACUUAAACAGUUUGAGAGAUGAGUGUUACUGUCUUGUGCUCUCCUGCUUUGUUAUGCGUUUGAUUUGUAUGCAACAAAUAAAGGAAUCUUGUUUGACUUCUUGA